AUGCCAUUGCUGGUACAAGAAGAUUGGGAUACUGUGUCGAUGGAUUUUCAUACGAGUCCGAAUGUCAAUUUGAAGAGACGAAGGGAUGCUACGAGUGGGAUAGAUCGGGAGGAGCUGUUGGAGGAGGUGCAGAUGAAGAUGAACAGUCCUAGACAUGCACACAUCCACCCCAGUUCGCAUUCCCAUAAUUCCUACACACACACCACGCAUCAUGAUUUCGAACGUCGUCAUCUGGUUCCUCGAUCGAAAAUGAGCUCGAAUAAACGAGUUCGUGUUGGAUAUUCAGCAGUGGAUGGCGAAUUCCGAAGUGAACAGGCGAAGGAGAAAGAGAAAGAGAAAGGUGCAGGAGGAAUGGAUCUAAGAGCAUGUCAUAUCUGUCGACGCAAACCAACUGUGAAGAAGGAACUCGAUGCCUUUGCUAAUUGUGAGGGCUGUGGGAAGAGGACUUGUUGGGUUUGUAUUAGAGAGUGUCUAGGUGGAUGGGGGAAUAAAAUGGGAAUGAGGGGAGAGGUUGAGGUGAAUGGAAAUGGGAAUGGGAAUGAGAAUAAGAGAAUUGGGGAGGAGGGGAAGGAGAAUUGGGAAGAAAACGGAUUGCGGCAUAGGGGAAUGAAGCUUGAGGAUAAGCACUCGGUCGGUCAAAUGUUUCAAGGAAUACCAGGUUAUCAAGAGGAAAAAGGCAUGAAUCCAAUGGGAAUGAUUCGACGAUAA